UGUCGAAAGCGCUUUUUAGUCAAUAUGAAAAAUAUAAUGUUAAUUUGCGUUGUUACUUCGCUGUUUAUUAGUUAUGCUACUGCACGUACAACUCUAUCAAGACAAACAUCAAGGAAUGUCGGUGUAUUACAAUCUCAUUGUAGUCCCCGCAACUGUACAUGGGAGUGGGGGGCAUGCAGUAAGAGUUGUGGGGGUGGAACUCAAUCAGCGGUCCAAACAAGACCAAAAGGACGAUGUGGCUUGUGUGAUAUGCCGAGAAAUGGUAGAACAUGUAACACACAGACUUGCUGCAAAAAAGAGUGUACUUGGUCAGAAUGGACGCAUUGGACAGCGUGCACGGCUACAUGUGGAUACGAGGGCGUAAACACUCGGCACAAAUUGAAAGUCCCAACUGCUGCAUCGUGUAGUGAUACUAAUUGCACUGGUAGCAGGAAUGUGAUACAGCACUGUAAUCAAAGGUGUUGCCCCAUUAAUUGUGAAUGGUCGACAUGGCGGGAAGAUAGGUGUUCUGUGUCGUGUGGUAAUGGUACAACUAGGCAGAGAAGAGUGUUUCAAAUCUCCCCCACCUGCGACGGUAAGCUUUGCAUUGGAAACAAUACCCGUGAAGUCACUUGCAACCCAAGAGAGUGCCCAAGACUGGUUGUAUGUCACAAUACUGAUUGCUGUCAAAGGUGUUUUCGGGGAGAAAAUAAUUCACAGUGUCCCUCUAACUGUGUGGAAGGUCGUUUAUCUGCCAUGGGUUCGAGUUGCAGCCGAUUAAACAGUUACAAGUUGAACGUUUUAUUUUAUUCCUUUAGUGUAAACAUAAUUUUGUUCGGUAUUAUAAAUCUAAUUGCAAAUUAAAUUAAGAUUCUGUAAAGCGACACGUGGAAAAACUCUUCAAA